AUGACACUGGACUCGUGGGACGCUAUCAACAUGAAUCCGAUUACGCCGGACUUCCCGAUCGGUAAUCCGUUGCCAGCAAGCUACCACGAGGAUGCGGCAAAAGCAGGCAAAGGUCUCUCACGAUUGGCAGCCGGCAGCGUGCAAGGCAUGGCGGUGAACCUGCACAACAAUCUCUGGAACACCAACUAUGCUUUGUACUAUCCCUUCUUCGACCCACGCUUCUGUGCGAGCCCACUGCAGUGCAGCAACAGCAACGCCUUGUGGAGAUUCCGCUUGAACUUCGUGGCCGAUACCAUCUACGUGUGA